AUGGACGACUAUAAUAACGCCGCACAGAACACCGACAUGGGCCGCAGACAGCCAAGCAACAUGACGAAUACUGUCACCCGGACGCCCCAGAGACGCAGGCCAAACACGGCCUAUGACGGCCAUGAUUAUGGACAGCAACAGCACACAGUCAACGCAAACCAUGACGGCUACGCCUUGAGCUUUGUCAACAACCAGGUCCUGGGUCGUGACAUGGAGACACAUUUUCCGAGUGACCCAUGGCCUCCGAACUUGGGCCUACAACCCGGGUUGCAACCCAGCGCACCGCAGUGUUACAAUCAGAUGAAUGAACCUCCCUCAUACCAGGCUAUGUUAUGCCAGGCUAUGCUUAGCCACGGUGGCCAAGGUUCCAGGCAAUCGUUGAGCCAGCACCACUCAAGCUCCCAGGUGUUUGCCUCUCAGCUGCUCCCACUGCCGGUGUAUAGCCAACACCAAUGUAUUUCGCCGGAAUACCACCAGCCAAGUGAAGGUUACGAUAUCGAUGAAGCCAAUGGUGCCACGGCCGUUGAUGCGGCCCGGCCCUCCCAACAGGCAUGUCGUCAAGGCAGGGUGAAAACCUCACGGCCUACGGCAAGUCACGACGUGGCAGACUCAGAUACCGAGUAUGCUGCUACAGACCAUGAGAAUGACAAGGACAGCAAUGAUACACCAGACAUCAGGAAACAGAAGCGCUAUCAGAAGAAGUACGAGGACCAAGAGCCUGAAAGAGACCCGAAGACGGGUAGAUUCCGCCAAGUAUGCAACCUUCGCAAACAGAAGAAAAAAGGAAGGCCCGAUACCAAGCCGGAGGAAGUCUACGAAAAUUUCACCGAAUUCCGUCUCAGAAAAGGAAUCAAUUUGAAAGCCAAGAACAUUCCCAACGGUCAGAGUAAUGAAGGGUUCAAAUACAACGAGUCUGGGCAGCUCGAGCGUAAGACUUUUAGUAGAGAGGAUAUUAGGGAGAUUGUCAAGUUUAAAAUCGAGGAAAGCCAAGAGUCAAAAGUGCCUCCGGAAGACUCACAAGAGCCUCCGAAAAAAUACUUCACAAUGUGGAUUCAGAGCGCCCCAUGCCAAGCCGGCGGUCGUCUAAAUCGAGAUUGGGAUCAAAAUUGCAGGUGGGAAGAUUGCCCCGCAAAGAAUAGAACAGUUCGCUCAGGACAGUUCCGGGUUGCGUUCGAUGAGUUACCAAAUUUCACGGGAAAAGGACUCGUCGACCCCCUGAAACCAGCCCUCGUCUUACACCUACGGUGCUUCGAGGAGGUCUUCUCCAGAGAGGAGACGCAGAAAUAUCUCACCGACGGGGUUUUGAAAGGAGACAGGCGCGAAUUUGAGAGGGAAGAUAGAAACAUUGUGCGUUUGGACAAGGACGGCAAAGACCAUUCCCGCACCAUAAUCGAGGAAUGGCGGAAAGCCACUUACAAGGAGCAAGAGGCGAUUGCUCAGAAGAUUGUUGAUGCCAAACGCGAGGCCGACGCCAGAAACAACAACAGUGGCAGCGGUGACUGCGAAUUCUACCAGGAACCGACAUACUCGGCUGGGCACCUUGCAUCCUUGACUUUCGCCUUGACUGCCUGGUACACCGACCAGAACACUAAAUAUAGAACCAUGGACGGAAAUGGGACAAGGGCAAGGAAACGAAAUGAACGCAACAAAGAAAGGCCCAAGGGCAUCAGGGCCACUUUCGAUUAUAGCUUUGGCGACAUUGAAUACUAUAAGAAAGCAAAAGAAGGACAGCAAAAUUACAGCAACAAACAUCCGGAAAAAAAGGACAAGGCCGCUUCAAAACAGGGUGCGAGAACAAAACAAGAAGACACGGAGCAUCGGGAUUCUUCCGAUGACCCCGAGACAAAACUUUUACAGGCCAAGGAACGGCCCGAGGAGGCCAAAAAAAGACUCGACGAAGCGGAAGAGAAAGGGGAUGCUCAAAAGCAUGUUCCCAAAAAGAAGUCUACCAAGAAGAAGGGUAAAAGGAACGACCCUGCGGCGCAGACAGCUGUCGAAGAGGCCAGCGAGAGCCUUGAGACAACCAAACGCGACUGUAGACGUGCCCCAAAAGAGCGCAGCAGCGCCAAAGACACGGACGCGGUAGAGGAAUCUCCGAGAAGCAUUCAACAAUCGGCAAAAUCACAUGCCACAGCUCAUACAGACGAUCUCGGUGAGAGGAGCGGAAACGAGCCCGCCAAGGAGAAUUUUGAACCCUCAUAUAACGACGCUAUCUGCUACACACGCUCAUUUUGCCUAUGGCCAUGCCUAACGGAUGCAAAUGGGGUCUUUGAAGGAGAAAAUUUGUAUCCUUUACCAGGCACCGCCGGUCAGGGCCAGCUCGUAGAUAACAAAAACCUGAAUUGCCCGGGCUCACUGGGUUUCAAUCAGGGGGAGUGGCUCGAGAACUGCCAUAAAACCCAGGAGAGUGUCCCAAUCGUAUUUCCAAGAGAAGAUGUGCUGGUCUGGCAGGAAUCCAUGUCCACGCCAACUUUCAACGCCUCGAUGUCAUCUACCCAGAUGCCAACGCCAUGGGCGUCGCAGGGCCGAGUCCUGGAGGAAGCACCAGACUCGGACGAAGACAGUCCCCUCAGGGUGAAGCAAGAACCCUCGCAGCAGCGAGUCGUGGAGGAAGCACCAGACUCGGACGAAGACAGUCCCCUCAGGGUGAAGCAAGAACCCUCGCAGCAGCGAGUCGUGGAGGAAGCACCAGACUCGGACGAAGACAGUCCCCCCAGGGUGAAGCAAGAACCCUCGCAGCAGCGAGGCCUGCAGGAACUACCAGACUACAACAACAACAUAAGCGACCCCAGGACAGUGCCGUCACGCGUGGCAGCGCCGCGGAAGCGAGGCCAGCGCCAAAUAUCAGACUACAACGACGCCGAGGAGGCCCCCAGCACAAAGCGAGCUCGCAUUGCAGCUCCGCAGCAAGUCUCCAACGCGGCAGCGGCAUGCCAUACACCGUCCUACGGCCCGAACAGGCCAACAAGGAACAAGCGACGCGCCGACGGCGAUUUAGACGACUCUUCCCACAAGAGGAUGUGUCAAUAG